UGCUGAGAUAACUGCAUGCAUGAGAAUUCAGACAGGCAGACAUGUCGGUGGGAUCGGCGGUGCUACAUGUAGGUCUCCUCUGCGUGGGUCUGGCAGCGGCCAGCCCGCUGGUGGGGCGGCUGAACCUGCCGUCCAAACAGCCGCACUGUUACGGGACGGUCAUCGCGCCUCGGCUGCUGCUGACGGCUGCGGAAUGUGCCUUCAACUCCGCCACGGGCAGACCCCAUUCCAACCUGCAGUUCUCCCUCAGCACUGGGGCCAAAAUCAAGAUAACAAGAGUCCACAUCUUCCCCGGCUGGCUGCGGAACAAGACGCCUUUGCUGAGUUUCGCCACCCUUAGCCUGGCGUCUCCCCUCCAGGUCCCGGAAACAUCACUAAUCUGGAGCCCCUUCUCCGUGGAGGAGAGCAAUGUGUCCCUUAAGUAUGCCUCUGGGAACAUCAGAUGCAGCAGUAAAGACCAGGAUGAGAAUAACAUGGAGUACGCUGCGGACCAGCUGGCAGCUAUGUCGUGUCCAGGGUCGCAUCAACACCUCAAGAUCCGAGGAAGCCCCGCUUACCAGAUAUCUGGUGUGAACCGCUCAGCAGUAGUCUUUGGCGUGCAUGUCGGCGAAUGUUCCAGUGAAUGGGGGCCUCUCGCUACGGUGCCACGCGGCCCUUGUGCAGCGAGGCUUAGCCACGAGAUCUUCCGUGACAUUUGUGAUUUCGCCAAAAAAGAGAAACAGAUCCUGCCUGAAUGCAAAGACGCCCUUCAAAAUGAUGUUGAUCCGAAGUCACCGACCAAUCUGCUGAGCAUGGCGGCUUACACGGCACUGGUGAACCGGGGACGGAGGUAUGGUAUCAUCCUGCUGUUCUGUCGUGGCUGCAACAUCGACUCUUGUGAAGAAGGCUGCCGAAGCUGCCGUCAGGAGUCCCUGGAGCGGUUUGACCGCCUGGCUCUCUACGUGCCGUUCUACCGAAGAGUUCUCGUGGCCAGGGUGGAUGCGGAUAGCCUGGGAUUCAAGGUUCCCUACGCCCCCUAUAUUCUGUACCGUCUUCCCGGCACACUGCAGUUCCGGGAACAUCGCGCCUCGCUGACGCAGCUGGUGCAGCUUUUCCAGAAGGACAGCUCCGGGGGCAGUGGCACGUCACGAAGACGGAACAAGCGGAUGUUGUCUGGAUGGGUGGAGGGUGCACUCCGGGCCUGUUGGAGCGUCGUGGCGGCCAUAGGACAGAGGUUGCCGUUUGUAGGGCAGCGGUACGAAAUAGUUGCAGAAGACCCUGAAGAAGGGUGCAAAGUGGCUGACAGCCAGCUGCAGAGGCUAAAUGGACAGCUGAUCAACAGAGACACGAGCCAGGCGGUGGUGGCCGGGGAGGACAUGCCGGUCGGUACGGUGCUGGAGGCUACCUGUAACCCCGGAUUGGGUAUAAUGGCGCAGUACCCCGUACAGAACCGGCUGAGCCUUACGUGUGAGGCAAACGGCAGGUUCCAACCGCCUGUACCACAAUGCUCACGGACCUGCAAGCUUGUGUCGGAUGUGAAACGGAACAACUUUCUGAGGUUUCCUGACAUGCAGAUUCAGUUCACGCCACGCCCGGGUGCUCUGCAGGAGACUUACCAACCUCCGACUUUCAAUAAUGCCAAGGAGACCACAGAAAUGCUACAGGGGGAUACUGUCACGUUCACUUGUCCGGAGAAUGGCAUUCUCAGGGGCCUUGGAACACGUACAACUACCUGGAAAUGCAACAGAGGCUCGCAGAAGACUGUGGUCCAGUGUGAAGCCGCCCCACGCCCCUGUGACGCCCCAAACAUCCCCCAUGCCGACACAUCGCCGCCAGGUCAAAUCCCGCACAACAGUCGCGUCACAGUCAGUUGCCGUGGCAACAGACGGCUGUGGGACAGUGACUUUCACAGUUCAAUCGAUUUGAUUUGCAAGGAUGGCAGUCUGGACCCGAAAGCAGACACGUUGGAAUGCAGAGAAACCUGUGAUGUCAACCCACCUCCCAUUGCUGAUAAGAAACUCCAGGAAUCUCCAAUCUUUAAACUGCAGACGGGUCCAGGCACGUCCCGAAGGCUGAGACCGCCAGCACGGGUGUGGAUAGGCAACCAGGUGCUGUAUGAAUGUUCCGACAGUGAGUGGCGGCUGGAUGGAAUGCACUGCCUGGUCCCUGUGCUGGCCCCAGCAGCAGGUGAGAAGGCAGUGGAACUGAAGCGUGGCGGAGCAAACGUCGCAGGAACCCGCAUCCUCUCUCAGCAGCAGGUGGCAAUCACCUGCCCUGCUGAUUCCCUCAUGUACAGUAAAGGAGGAAACGUAUUCUGGGAGACAAACACGGAUCCACCUCGAGAAACCAGACAAAACACAUGUGGACCAGGCGGCUUUGGCUUUGACUUCCCGUCCUGUGUGGACGUGAGGUAUUUCUCUAACAAGUUUCUGAACGAACACGUCCACUUGGGUUCCAAGCCAUCUGAUCUGACAAAGUACUGCACCAAUAAACUGACCGCCUUCGGAGCCAGCAUCAAGACUUUCAUGGUUCUCCACUCAGAUGUGCAGUUAAAGGCUCUGAACAGUCUUGUGCAAAGUAACCAGUUUGGAGGUGCUAACAUCGCAGCUGUGUCGGGAGUUGACUGGAUGGCUCUUUACAAGACAACAGACCAGUACGAAGUGUUCGUGUGUGAUCGAACAAGCGGCAGCCUGAAAACCCAGGAGCUGAAGAAGAAGGUGUUUGUUGGUUUUCGGCACAGUGGAGGGGCGUGGCGCCUCUAUCACUAUGACUACCGUACCCCUGGAGCGGCUCAUCAGCUGGUCUGAGGGGCGUGGCAGUUACCAUGGCUACCGUACCCCUUGAACGGCUCAUCAGCUGUUCUGAGUACAUGUAAAACACCAACUAUUUCUCAUUUUUAUCUCAUAGGCUAGCACUGAUAAUUCUAAAGAAACAGCUGAAAAGCAAACCUUGCUGGAUAUAAUGUACUAAGUGCAGCAUGUAGUUUGGCCAUAUGCUCAUCAGAGUGUGAUUAUGCUUUAUGAUUGAUGUGUUUGUGUCUAAAGCCUUGGUCACAACCCGCCGUACGUGCUUCUGCGUGCUGUCUACGUGCAAAAACGUGGGCAAACGUAGGGCAUUCGUGCGUGGUGAGUACCACUUCCGUACAGAGUCCU